CUUGAGCAAGAUAAAGAUGUUUUAUCCUUUUCUUUUCUUAUCGCUCUCUUAUCACGUUUUCUUGCCACUCAGAUUUGUAUUGAGAAUGCCGUUGUGUUGGCAGCAGCUGCUCCAGAGCCUCCUUCAGUUUUGAGCUCACCUGUGAUUGUGGCUCCUUCGUAUAACAUAAAACCAGCGGAGCGCUCGGGGGAAGAUGUUGACAUAAUCCUGGCACGUCUGAAAAAUGUGAAGGCCUUUGAGAGAUUCCACCCGAGUUUGCUGCAGCAGAUUUGUCUGUGUGGAUUCUAUGAGUGUUUGGAGAAAGGCAUCACCUUGUAUCGCCAAGGAGACAUUGGUACCAGCUGGUACGCUGUACUGUCUGGUUCUCUGGAUGUUAAAGUGUCCGAAACAUCAAGCUAUCAGGAUGCUGUUACUAUAUGCACGCUGGGGACCGGCACGGCGUUUGGGGAGUCGAUCCUGGAUAACACCCCCCGACAUGCCACCAUUGUCACCCGGGAAUCCAGCGAGCUCCUACGCAUCGAACAGAGGGAGUUCAGGUCUCUGUGGGAGAAAUAUCAUCACUGCAUGGCUGGACUACUCGCCCCACCCUAUGGUGUGAUGGAAAGCAGUGCUGACAGAAUGCCGGACAAAGAGAACAUAAGCAACAACUCGUUUGUUUCAGUCUCCAAACAUCAGAACAAGAACUCAUUCAUUGACAGCCCAGCCAAACCCCACCCUAAAUGCAUUUCUCAGGUUCCCUCUGAGAAGAUCCUUCAUGCAGGAAAGAUUCUGCGUAACGCCAUCCUCUCCAGGGCGCCUCACAUGAUCAGAGACAGAAAGUACCAUCUGAAGACAUACAAGCAGUGCUGUGUGGGGACCGAGCUGGUCGACUGGCAAAUGCAGCAGAGCUCCUGCGUGCACUCUCGGGUUCAGGCGGUUGGCAUGUGGCAGGUGCUGCUGGAAGAAGGUGUUCUCAACCACGUGGACCAGGAGCUGAGCUUCCAGGACAAGUACCUCUUCUAUCGCUUCCUGGACGACGAGCAGGAGGACGCCCCUUUACCCAGCGAGGAGGAGAGGAAGGAGAGCCAAGAGGAGCUGCAGGACACUCUGCUCCUCCUCUCACAGAUUGGGCCUGAUGCCCACAUGAGGAUGAUUCUGAAGAAACAUCCGUCUGAAAGAACGGCAGAUGAUUUGGAGAUCAUUUAUGAAGAGCUGCUCCAUAUUAAGGCCUUGUCACACCUGUCCACCACUGUAAAGAGAGAGCUGGCAGGAGUGCUGAUCUUUGAGUCCCAUGCAAAGGCAGGAACUGUGUUGUUCAAUCAAGGGGAGGAGGGCACAUCAUGGUACAUUAUUUUAAAGGGCUCCGUCAACGUUGUCAUCUAUGGAAAGGGCGUUGUUUGCACUCUUCACGAAGGAGACGACUUUGGGAAGCUGGCUCUUGUCAACGACGCCCCCCGAGCCGCCUCCAUUGUCCUACGAGAGGACAACUGUCAUUUCCUGAGAGUAGACAAGGAGGACUUCAACAGGAUUCUGAGGGAUGUGGAGGCCAACACUGUGCGACUGAAGGAGCACGGUCUGGAUGUUCUGGUGUUAGAGAAGAGUCUCAGCAGCAGUCGAACCUCCAUCCAGGGAUCAUCGGCCUCCCAUUACAAAUACAAGGUAAUGUCUGGGACGCCGGAGAAGAUUUUGGAGCACCUCCUUGAAAUGAUGCGAUUGGAUUCUCAAUUCACAGAGUCAGAUUCAGCCUUGGAUGACUUUGUGCUCAUGCACUGUGUCUUCAUACCAAACAGUCAACUUUGUCCAGUGCUGCUCGCCCACUACCAUGCUCAGGCCUCGCAGGGCUCUGACCAGGAGAAGCUGGACUACACGCUGAACAACAAGCGCAGGGUGAUCCGCCUGGUGAUGCGGUGGGCUGCCGUACUUGGAGAUCAGCUGCAGCAGGAGGAGGUCUCGGUGGCCUUCCUAGAGGAGUUUUUCUUGGCGGUGUCUAAUGAUGCCAAAGUGCUUCCAACCCUCAGGGAUCAACUAACAGAGCUGGAGAGAACUGUAAAGCGCAAAGCCGAGGAUGCCAGGUCCUUACAGAAAAAGCACAAAAUCCUGCUGCGGCAGUUCAGCAUGGGAGAUGAGAAGCUCCAGAAACGCCAGCCAAUCAAGAGUAAUGAUGAAAUUCUGUUCAAAGUCUACUGCUGCGACCACACCUACACCACCAUCCGGGUCUCUGUGGCCACCUCGGUCAGGGAGGUCAUCGGUGCCGUGGCCGACAAGCUGGGGUCAGCGGAGGACCUGCUCCUGGUCAACCUGAGCUCAGCAGGAGAAAAAUCUGUCUUCAAGCCCAACGACGUUUCGGUUUUCUCCACACUCAGCAUAAACGGACGCCUGUUUGUCUGCCGGAGGGACCAGUUGGAUUCUUUGACCCCUCUGCCCGAGCAGGAGGGCCCCUCUACAGGGUCACUGGCCACCUUUGAGUUGAUGAGCUCUAAGGAUGUGGCUUACCACAUGACUUCCUACGACUGGGAGCUUUUCCACUGUGUACACGAGCUUGAACUCAUCUACCACACAUUCGGGAGGCAGUACGUCAAGAAAACCACCGUGAACCUGGACCUGUUCCUGAGGAGGUUUAAUGAGAUUCAGUUCUGGGUGAUCACAGAGAUGUGUUUGUGUUCUCAGCUGAGCAAGCGAGUGCAGCUCCUCAAGAAGUUCAUCAAGAUCGCUGCCCACUGUAAGGAGUACAGGAAUCUGAACGCCUUCUUCGCGGUCAUCAUGGGACUGAGUAACCCAGCCGUGAGCAGACUGAGUCAGACCUGGGAGAAACUUCCCAGCAAAUUCAAGAAGUUUUACGUGGAGUUUGAAAACUUGAUGGACCCGUCCAGGAACCACCGGGCGUAUCGGCUGACCGUGGCCAAACUGGAACCUCCCAUCAUUCCCUUCAUGCCACUGCUGAUCAAAGACAUGACUUUCACUCAUGAGGGCAACAAGACAUUUAUCGACAAUUUGGUCAAUUUUGAGAAAAUGCGGAUGAUAGCUAACACAGUGAAGAUAGUGAGAUACUGUCGGAGCCAAACGUUCAGUCCAGACUCACCGCUGGCGAGCAAGAACCACCCAGACGUUUGGUCUUACGUCCGUCAGCUCAGCGUCAUCGACAACCAGAGGACGCUAACUCAGCUCUCUCAUGAACUUGAGCCGCGCAGGUCUUGAAACCACUCAGGGACAAAGAUGUUACCGUCUGAUGCUGCUUCACAACAUGACGUGUGUUUGCACUGGUGUGAAUUUUACUCCGACACAGGCAAUCACAUGGAGGACCUAAUGAUGCAUCAGAUAAUGAGAUAUUGUUUCAGAAGCUGUUAUCUGACUUGUUAAGCCUUUUAUUACAGUAUUUUGUGAUAUUUUAACAACGGUAAUUGUUGGCGGGUGAAGCACCUCUCAUAUCACUGUCACGCGGACAUCAGUUCAUCUCCAACUCAGACAAUUGAAGAAAUUUAAGAUCUUCGGGGGAUCUCAUUCAUCAGAUUAUUGUGUAACAUUGCAGACGUAAACACUAUGUGAUGCUUUAAUAACGCAAACUCUCAAUAUUCCUGAUAUUCAGUUGUUUCGUAUCUUUUGUAUCAAACAAUAUUUAUACAUAUUCAGCUUUGUGAGAUUCUUAUGUGGUGUACAUUGUAUACAGAUAUUUAUUUUGAAAUGGGCAUGCAGAGGAUUCUGAUUGUUUGACUUUUUAUGUGAGCACAUU